UAUACAUGCCAUCCCACUAAUACAUACUUACAACUCCCUUUCCACUCCUAUAUAUACACCCCUCCUUACUUCCACCUUCCCCUGCCUCCUUCCACACUCACACAUCUAACUGACACAACAAUGGAGAAAAUCCACCUCCCCAAUUUCUCUCCAACCCUAACCCUUACCCUAACCCUAACUCUCUUCAUCCUCUCCUUCUCCUCCGCAACCCAAACUCUACCCACCAAGUCCUGUUCCACCCAAGACCACGGCUCUACCCUCCAAGUCUUUCACGUUUACAGCCCCUGCUCCCCAUUCAAACCCACCAAGCCAGUAUCAUGGGAGGAAAGCGUUCUCCAAAUGCAAGCCCAGGACCAAGCCAGGCUGAACCAGCUCCUCUCGUCCAAAGUCGUGGCUCGUAAGUCGGUGGCGCCCAUAGCGUCUGGCCGGCAGAUCGUGCAGAGUCCGACUUACAUUGUUAGGGCUAAUGUUGGGACUCCGCCGCAGACGCUUCUUAUGGCGGUUGACACGAGCAAUGAUGCUGCUUGGAUUCCCUGCAAUGGCUGCGUUGGGUGCUCUUCUGUUGUUUUUAACUCUGGUUCGUCUUCUACCUUCAAUCCUCUUGGCUGUGACGCUGCUCAGUGCAAGCAGGUCCCCAGCCCAACAUGCGGCGGCGGCUCCUGUUCCUUCAACAUGACGUACGGCGGCUCCACCCUGGCCGCCAACCUCUCGCAAGACACCAUGACUUUAGCCACCGACCCGAUCCCGUCCUACACCUUCGGCUGCAUCCAGAGAACGACGGGCUCGUCCGUUCCGCCGCAGGGACUUCUGGGACUCGGCCGAGGAUCUCUCUCUCUCCUUUCUCAGACUCAGUCUCUGUACAAAUCCACUUUCUCUUACUGUUUACCCAGCUUUAAGUCGCUGAACUUCUCUGGGUCUCUGAGACUUGGGCCUGUCGGACAGCCGUUGAGAAUCAAAACUACUCCUUUGCUGAGGAAUCCUAGGAGAUCGUCGCUUUAUUAUGUGAAUUUGGUUGGUAUUAGAGUUGGAAGAAAGGUGGUGGAUAUUCCUCCUCCCGCUUUGGGUUUUAAUCCCACCACCGGCGCCGGCACCGUUUUUGAUUCCGGGACGGUGUUUACUCGGCUGGUAACGCCGGCGUACGAGGCGGUGAGAAACGAGUUCAGAAAACGAGUUAAAGGCGGGGGAAACGUGACAUCUUUAGGUGGAUUCGACACGUGUUAUUCCGGCUCCAUUAUUACACCGACAAUAACCUUCAUGUUCGCCGGAAUGAACGUCACUCUCCCGCCAGACAACCUUCUCAUCCACAGCACCGCCGGCAGCCUGUCUUGUCUGGCUAUGGCCGCCGCUCCCGACAACGUGAAUUCCGUCCUAAACGUGAUCGCCAGCAUGCAGCAGCAGAAUCACAGAAUCCUCAUCGACGUUCCCAAUAACCGGCUCGGCGUGGCUCGUGAACCCUGCAGCUAGCUAGCUUAAUUUUAGCUAUAAUCUUUGAUGGUGUAGUAGUAGUGGGUGUGAGGCUUUUUUUUCUUUUUUGCUUUUGUUUUUUUUUUUUUUUUUUGUUUUCCUGUGGUGGAGGUUUUGGGAAAGUGUGAUAGUGUACUGACUGGUAAAAAAGCGAAGGGUUUGGAGGAUGAAGACGAAGAUGACGAGGGAUGACGUGAGAUGUUCGAAAGUGAGUUCUGAGUCACGGGUUCGAGUUGGGCGUUGUGGCGUAUAAGGUGUCUUGAUGUUUAUUGUAUUGUAUUGUAUCACGGGGUUAUCUUGAAGGAAGAGCCUUUAAGAGAUUAUUCGUCAGGAAUUUUCAGUUCUAAUAAAUUAUGACAUCAUUUUGUUUU